CAUCAACAAGAAGCAAGGUAGUAAAAUCAUCUUCAGAAUAUUUGAAAUCUAUUUCACAAGCUUUAUUAACAAAUAAGUUUGACAUACCUAAACAAAUCGUGGCAACUCAAUCCAGAAAAAGAAAAGAAGUAGCACCAAUUAAAAUAGCUACCACAAGGAAAAUAAGGAGACUCAAGAAUCUAAUCAGGAAAUUUACACCGUCAAUGAUCUCUAUAAUGUAUGCACAUAUACCAAACCACUCAAGUUAUCACCACCAAGAGAAUCUAAUGAACGGCAAAGAUUUAGUUCAUGAGCUAAGACCAACCAUUGUGGUUGAUGAUUCAAGCAUGACCACUUUCACUCUGCCAUUACAAGGCGAUUCUGGAAUUUCAUCUUUAAAUGAAAGUCCUCCAACUGGUAUUUUACAUGCAGUUGAUUUAACAGGUGUGGAAGAUGGUGUAGUUUUAGCUUGGCAUAACAACUGGGUCUUGGUAGCACGUUUUGAUGAUCAUGUAGUAAUCAAAAGAAUAUCAUGUAGAUUAUGUAAGAGGGUACUUGAAGCAGCUUUUAAAUAUUUAAGUCUUUAUGAACUUCCUGAAGCGCAUGAAGUUACUCUUUAUGAAUACGAAGACUAUAGAAUAGAACUUGCUAAAUGCAUACACUGCAUACAAGAAAAGUAUUCUAUAGUUCAUAAUCCAAAACGAAGUGCUUUUAAAGAACAUGAACCAAUUAGCGAUAAAAUACAACUUGGACCAGGCUUAACGCAAAAUGAAGAAUCAAUAAUUAGUUUAAAAGCUGGUAUUUUAGAAUGCUCUACUAAGUCAGGGAAUAAGUUGUGGGUGGAUAAUAACCAAAAAAGAUAUGUUCCGGCUGCAGGAGAAUCUGUACUUGGAAUAGUGACACAUAAAACUUCAGAAUUUUAUCGUUUGGAUAUUGGAUCUGCUCAUCAAGCAAUCCUAUCCAACUUGGCGUUUGAGAAUAUAGGAAGUUUAAUAUAUGCAAGAGUUUUAUUAGCAAAUAAAGAUAUGGAACCAGAACUUGGAUGUGUUAAUCCAGAAAAUGGUAAAGCUGAUGGAUUUGGUGAAUUGAAAAAUGGCUAUUUAUUAAAAUGUUCUUUAAGACAUUGUAGAAGAUUAUUGUUUAAACAAUCUCCAAUUCUAUCAUUGCUUGAGAAAAAAGUUCCAUCUCCGUUUGAGAUUGCGAUAGGAAUGAAUGGUCGUGUAUGGAUAAAUGGUAAAGAUGGUGAUGAUUCAAUAAGGAAUACAAUAUUUAUUUAUAAUGCUAUAAAAAAGUCAGAAAACCUUGAUAAAAAUGAGUGUAUCAAACUGAUUCAGAGUCUCAAUAUUUAG